GCGACGUGAGGUUGUAAAAAUCCAUGUGGGACGGCCCCGGGGCGAGCAUCGGAAAGGUCUCUAUUUGGAGUCAUUUUCUGGUACAGACGGUGAAAAAUAUGCAGUGAAAAUUCAGGCCAAUAGUGGAAAUACUGGCUUACCUCCCAACUUAGUAUAGCAUUCCUUCUCUUCAGUAGCACCUCAUAAUAGAAGAAAAAUGUAUGGAAGUGCAAGAACAAUCACCAAUCUGGAAGGUAGCCCUUCCAGAUCUCCUCGUUUGCCAAGGUCUCCUCGUUUGGGCCACAGAAGAACAAGCAGUGGGGGAGGUGGAGGAACAGGCAAGACACUGUCCAUGGAGAAUAUCCAGUCCCUUAAUGCAGCUUAUGCUACGUCUGGACCCAUGUAUCUGAGUGAUCAUGAGGGGGUGGCUUCGACAACUUACCCAAAGGGCACCAUGACUCUGGGAAGGGCCACAAAUAGAGCUGUAUAUGGAGGCCGAGUCACAGCCAUGGGGAGUAGUCCCAAUAUUGCUUCUGCUGGACUUUCCCACACAGAUGUUCUUUCAUACACGGAUCAACAUGGUGGUCUGACUAGCUCGUCUCAUCAUCACCACCACCAGGUCCCCUCCAUGUUGAGGCAGGUAAGGGAUAGCACAAUGUUAGACCUUCAAGCCCAGCUCAAGGAACUUCAGAGAGAGAAUGACCUCCUCCGGAAAGAGCUAGACAUCAAGGACAGCAAGUUGGGAUCUUCCAUGAACAGUAUCAAGACCUUCUGGAGCCCUGAGCUCAAGAAGGAGAGAGUCUUGAGGAAAGAAGAGGCAGCCCGAAUGUCUGUCCUCAAGGAGCAGAUGAGGGUUUCCCAUGAAGAAAAUCAGCACCUGCAGUUGACAAUCCAAGCCCUUCAGGAUGAGCUUCGAACCCAGAGAGACCUCAAUCACCUCCUACAGCAAGAGAGUGGCAACCGUGGAGCCGAGCACUUCACCAUUGAGCUGACUGAAGAGAACUUCCGGCGGCUCCAAGCUGAGCAUGACAGACAAGCUAAGGAGCUGUUCCUUUUAAGGAAGACCUUGGAGGAAAUGGAGUUGAGAAUUGAAACACAGAAACAGACCCUCAAUGCCCGAGACGAGUCUAUUAAAAAGCUUCUCGAGAUGUUGCAAAGUAAAGGUUUGCCUUCUAAAAGUCUUGAGGAUGACAAUGAGCGGACACGGCGGAUGGCAGAGGCUGAGUCUCAAGUCAGCCACUUGGAAGUGAUUUUAGAUCAGAAAGAAAAGGAAAACAUACAUCUUAGAGAGGAAUUGCACCGAAGAAGCCAACUUCAGCCGGAGCCAGCCAAGACGAAGGCUCUCCAGACUGUCAUUGAAAUGAAGGACACAAAAAUUGCUUCAUUAGAGCGAAACAUAAGGGAUCUGGAGGAUGAGAUCCAGAUGCUAAAAGCCAAUGGUGUGCUGAACACUGAGGACCGUGAAGAAGAGAUCAAACAAAUAGAGGUUUACAAAAGUCACUCCAAGUUCAUGAAAACCAAGAUUGAUCAGCUGAAGCAGGAGCUUUCAAAGAAGGAGUCAGAACUUCUUGCCUUACAAACAAAGCUUGAAACUCUUAGCAAUCAAAAUUCAGAUUGCAAGCAACACAUUGAAGUGCUUAAAGAGUCGCUUACUGCCAAAGAACAGAGGGCUGCCAUCCUUCAGACUGAGGUAGAUGCACUGAGAUUACGCCUGGAAGAGAAAGAGUCUUUUCUCAAUAAAAAAACAAAACAGCUGCAGGACCUCACAGAAGAGAAAGGGACACUGGCUGGAGAGAUUCGAGACAUGAAAGAUAUGUUAGAAGUGAAGGAAAGAAAAAUCAAUGUUCUUCAGAAGAAGAUUGAAAACUUGCAAGAACAGCUUAGGGAUAAAGACAAGCAACUAACCAAUCUGAAAGACAGAGUAAAGUCCUUGCAGACAGAUUCUAGUAACACGGAUACUGCGCUAGCAACACUAGAAGAGGCUUUGUCAGAAAAGGAGAGAAUAAUUGAGCGUUUGAAAGAACAGCGGGAGAGAGAUGAUCGAGAAAGAUUGGAAGAAAUAGAAUCUUUCCGAAAAGAGAACAAAGACCUGAAAGAGAAGGUCAAUGCUUUACAAGCUGAACUGACUGAAAAAGAGUCUAGUUUAAUUGAUCUCAAGGAACAUGCAUCUUCAUUAGCCUCAGCAGGACUGAAAAGGGACUCCAAAUUAAAAUCUCUGGAAAUAGCCAUUGAACAAAAGAAAGAAGAAUGUAGCAAAUUGGAAGCACAGUUAAAAAAGGCUCAUAAUAUUGAAGAUGACUCCAGGAUGAACCCUGAGUUUGCAGACCGGAUAAAACAACUUGAUAAAGAGGCAUCUUACUACCGUGAUGAGUGUGGCAAGGCCCAAGCGGAAGUCGACCGGUUGCUGGAGAUCCUCAAGGAGGUGGAGAAUGAAAAGAAUGACAAGGACAAGAAGAUUGCAGAACUUGAGAGCUUGACUCUCAGGCACAUGAAGGAUCAGAAUAAAAAGGUGGCCAACCUCAAGCACAACCAACAGUUGGAAAAGAAGAAGAAUGCCCAGUUACUGGAAGAAGUCCGCAGGCGAGAAGAUAGCAUGGCUGAUAACUCACAGCACUUGCAGAUAGAGGAACUGAUGAAUGCAUUGGAGAAGACCAGACAGGAACUAGAUGCCACCAAGGCACGCCUAGCCUCCACACAGCAGUCCCUGGCUGAAAAAGAAGCCCAUUUGGCUAACCUCCGAAUAGAAAGGAGAAAACAACUGGAGGAGAUCCUGGAGAUGAAACAAGAAGCACUGCUUGCAGCAAUCAGUGAAAAAGAUGCAAAUAUUGCCUUGCUGGAAUUGUCUGCUUCCAAAAAGAAAAAGACACAGGAAGAAGUCAUGGCUCUCAAGCGGGAAAAAGAUCGACUCGUGCAUCAGUUAAAGCAGCAGACCCAGAACAGAAUGAAGCUGAUGGCAGACAACUAUGAUGAGGACCACCACCAUUACCACCACCACCACCACCACCACCACCACCGAUCUCCUGGGAGGCCACAACAUUCCAAUCACAGGCCCUCUCCCGACCAGGAUGACGAGGAGGGCAUAUGGGCAUAGCCGGGCCUGUAAACCAAAGUUCCAGUUUUGUUUUGAGGGAUGAUCCAGCUCUGUCGGAGGCACGGAGGCACAGUCAAAUCUCAUGCUGUACAUUGAUCACCUGUCCAACCUUUGCCUAGAGUGGGAGCCCCCAGUUCCUUCAAGAGAUCCAACUUUACCUGUCUGUAAAGAAGAAGAGGAGGAGGGAGACAGCGGGGAGGAUCCGGUGGCAGUAUAACACCAGAGCAGCUAUCAGAAGAGCAGACUAAAGGGGAAAUGCAGCUCUGCAGCAACAUUCUGAUAAUCUACUGCAGCGUGGCUCACGUCACUGGCCAUCACCACCUGGAACGCUCAUCAGGCCUGGAAGAGGAGCUUUCAUUUCCAUUAUGGCGCACAGUUCUGUUCGACUUGAUAUUUCCUUCAUCAUCUCAUGUCAUUCCUCAUGGAUUCAGAUAUGUUGGACAGGAAGAAAGAGGAGGAGGAGAAACAUGACAGACCCUCCUUUUUGUCAGGAUUUGGGCAUUUAAAACGUGAUCAUCUCUUCUGAAGGUCAUUAUUUGAUAAAUUUUAUUUAUGUUACUUAAACAUCGUUGGAUACAUUUGAGCUCCAUGGGAUUUUAGCUGUGGAGUCUGCUUCUGUUGGACAACUAGCUUCACCUCCAGUAUUUCUGCUGGUUCCGCUUAAGUGGUCAUUCCUAAUGCGUUAGAUUAUCAAAAAGUGUAAAUCCUGUGCGUGAGUGGUGUUGGCAGUGUUUGUAUACCAAGAUGCAUGGAGCGUUUGACAAAGAAAGCAAAACACCAAAAACGGCGAGCCUUUACCCUCCUCUAUUUCUUUAAUCCGCUGUUUGAAGAACCGCGUUUUGAUGGUGUAACCAGUAGUUACCUCUGGGCCAGGUUGGAAAUGAAAUCAAUUUUUUAAACCACUAAUACUUGCCAAGAAAUCGCCUUACGAGAACAUGGUGUGUGUCUUUGACAAUGCAUGGCACAUCUAAAUUGAUCUUUCGUAAUUUUAUCUGCCCCGGUUUUGUACCGGAGAGUGGCAAAAGCCUGAGGCACCUACAUAUUUCUAUUCCAUGUGUUCCACACAUCUCCAUGGCUGGGAUGAGCCCAAGCCUCAGACUCUUCCCAUUCCCGUACAUGCAGGUCUCCAUGAAGAAGCUGGGACUCAUUCACAUUUCAAGAUCCAAAUGCUGUGCAAACAGUGUAAGCUUGAAGGGUCAUUUCUCAUUUUUUAAAAAAUGUCUCCAACGUGGAUUCCAAAGCAUUUUCAGCAUCCAACAUGAAAGCAUUGAUGAAUGAGGAAUAAUCACAAAAGCUGUGUAUCUGUAUAUAGCUCUACACAACAUGUCUGUGGGUACAGCAUCAUUAUUUAAAGCACAUGCCAGGGAAAGAGACCAAAUUUUAAGGUCUUUUACAUACAGUGACAUGGUACUAAGGAGAAUUUAACUCCUACUGCUUCCUCUGAAGAUUAAAAAAUAACUAAAGUUGUUAUAACUUCAUAAAACUCAUGACCAGUCUGGCAAAUAUGUGCAACUCUCGUAUCGAUCCACUUUCUCGUCAAUGGAAGAAACCCUUCCACAUGUAUGCAAGUGGGAAAUGAAAAUCUGCAUUCUUAAAAGGAUAAACAGUGAAGUUAAGCAUGAGUGGCCUUAAUAAAUACAGUUGUCUUUCUUUGCUGCUGUGGAAAGGAUUCUACACAGGUGUUCCUGAAGUCUUGCAUUGCAUUCAGUUGUUAUUAUUACUUUUCCAAGUGUUGGUGCAAUUAACUCUGGACCUCUCCCGUGAGCCAUAGAGGUAUUUAAAAGACAGACACCUUACUUGUUGGGGAACAUGAAUCUGUGUCUGACUUGCACUGUUCAUCCUUGGUGCAUUAGGAGUAAUAUAUUCAAGCAGGUUUCUCGCUUCUGGCUUUGUUCUUGUCAGUAAGUAUAGCGAACUAUGUAAAGCUUUUGUGUUGCAUAAACAAUCCAAAUACAUUCACGUUUAAAAAGUUUGUCCUUUAACUAUCAAAGGGACUUAGGUUUCCGUUGGAGAAAUGCGCAGAGUUCUUUGCAAGCACAUACAGCACAUUUCGAAAUCAGGUCGCACUGCAAACCCAGGCCGCAAGUGCGUCCCCGUGAACAAUUUGGAUGUCCUCAGGUAGGCGGCCCCCACUGCCUCCUACAGCGGGAUCCUCACCUGAACUCUGCAACUGAAUACUUGAAGUAGGAAGUAGGAGAUCCACAAGGGAAAUUAGGGUCCUCAAAGCAGAAAAAGCAACCAAUCGUGUAUAGUUAGCGAUUUCUAAGUACGUGCCAAUUCUGUCACAGCUGUUGUUUUGGGGGAUCAUUUUUUUGCCCCACUUUUGUUGGAUUAAAGUAUUAUCAACCUUACCAUUAGGGGGCAUCUUCUUUAGUCCCCUAAAAAUUCAAUCCCGUCGAACAUAGCGUCUUUUCCCAUCUCAUGUACCUAUUCUCCGAUGUUGGGGGGAGGGUUACCAAAAAAAUUUCCUUUUCACAUCUUAAAAAUAGUCUCUGGGUUUACAACAAACACUGUGAUGUCGGGAAGAUAUUUCCUUUGCGCAAACGUUAGCAGGCACCCCUCUAAUCAUAACGAGGUUGAAAAAAAAGUUGAGGCUGACAUUUAGGAGAAGUUGGUCUUCUCUCUUUGUGCAAAAGCAGGCUUGUACCUUAUACCCCAUUUGAUUUUGAUGUACAGUCUCAAUUUUGUAUUUAAUGAUUUUUGUGUAUCCAGUAUGCACGUUAACAGCGUGUCAACUUUCAUUUGAAAGUGGGUUUCCAUUUACUUUUUAAACAGUGUUUCUGAUGAGACCUCCAACGUGUUGUCAUAAGCUCUAUCUGAGAUGUUUUUGUGUAGAGUGGCGUUUGAAUGCUGCCAGGGGUCAGUGUAUCUAAUUCCCAGAGACCCUCGUUUGAUAGUGCUUCUUGUAAUUUUUCUUCAAGUGAGUGGCAUGUGGGUUGUGAAUAUUGACCAUGUGAUUAUGGACUUCGAUAUGAAAACAAUAAAUAAAACUAAGGAACCCUCAGAAACUACCAGUGGGCAUGUAUUAGCCAGUCAUCGUAACCUCGUGUCUAGUAGAACAACAUACAAGGUACGUACAGUUCAUAAAUUUGUUAUCAUGUGUAUGAGAAGUACUUUGUGCUGAUCGCCUUAUUUAUAUUCAUCAAAUAAACUUUGUUUCUUUCUGAA